AUACGAUUAUGUCUGGUAAGUCGACAAGGCUGAGGGCGUAAGGCUGAAUUCAGGGUCGAGCCGCGCUCCGAUGCGAGUCGUCCGCCCCAUCUAAGUCAGCGAUUUGAAUAACCAAAAGGACACAUAACUGCAACAACUCUACUCGCAUCAGCGCGCAUCUUGCUUGUAUUCUGCUUGACUCACCAUCGUCGCUCAUUUGAUCGCACCUUCAACGAAAGUUUUGUCUUUAACCAUGGCACGCCGCAAACAAGUCGCGCCCACUCAGCGUACAGCAUCCGGCGAAGUCAUGCAAUCACUCUCACAUGCAGCCGAAAAGCCCGCACUCUAUACCAACGGCCAUAUCUCCAAAGAACCCGCUAUACAAAAGACCGGAUUUUCGGUCAAUGCUCCCCAAGCAAGCAUCCUCUCACUUCUCAUAUGCGUAUCCGGCAUCUACGCCUCCUUCUUGACCUGGGGUCUCCUUCAAGAGCGCAUCACUACCACCUCAUACCCAGCCGAUGACUCUGCGCAGGCGCAGCAAGAAUACUUUCGCUUUCCCAUCGUUCUCAACACCAUUCAAGCCCUCUUUGCGUUCAUCAGUGGCAGUUUAUAUCUUCUAUACAAGACGAAAUCCUUCAAUAUCCUUCCCGCGAAAGCGGCCCUCAGCCCUCUGAUCCUGGUCACAUUAACGACAACCCUAGCCUCACCCUUCGGCUACGCCUCGCUGCAGCACGUCGACUACCUCACCUUCGUUCUCGCCAAGUCCUGCAAACUACUGCCAGUAAUGGCCCUGCACGUCACCCUCUUCCGCAAACGCUACCCUCUCUCAAAAUACCUGAUCGUCCUAGCCGUGACAGGCGGCGUCGCGCUUUUCACUCUCUACCACCCUCCCAAGCCGGGGAAGCCUAGUUCGAGAAAGACUCAAUCCUCAAGCAUCUACGGCCUCACACUACUGGGCAUCAACCUACUCUUCGACGGCCUCACGAACACCGUGCAAGACCACAUCUUCACCUCCCCCCACCGCUACGGCAAGACCUCCGGCCCGCAAAUGAUGGUCAUCCUGAACCUGCUGGGUACAGCCCUCAUGAGCGCAUACCUUCUGGUGAUGCCACACAUACCUCCCAUGGUGAUUCCAACAUUCGCCAAAACCGACGCCAAUGAGUUGUCCAACGCUAUGGGAUUCCUCACGCGCCAUCCAGCUGUCUUCUACGACGUGCUCGGGUUCGCGGCCUGCGGCGCCAUAGGCCAACUAUUCAUCUACGCCACGCUAGAGCGGUUCUCGAGUCUCUUGCUCGUCACGGUGACAGUGACGCGGAAGAUGCUGACUAUGGUGCUCAGCGUGGUGUGGUUUGGCAAGAGCCUAAGUCAAGGCCAGUGGAUGGGCGUGGGUUUGGUGUUCGGAGGGAUUGCCGCUGAGGCGUUGAUCCAGCAGCGGGAGAAGAAAGCAAAGGAGAAAUUUAAAUCUAAAAGUACGUGAAGUAAAAGAGAAGUAGGAUAGAUUUGCUUGUGGUAUGGAUAGAUUGUAACAUCAUAUAUUUUGAGCGCUU